CACCGGCUCGUGCUCUAAUCGAAGUUGGCAACGGGGCGCGCGUUCGUCGUCUGCUGAGCCCCAGCAAAAGGUUUUCAUUAGUGCCGUGUGGUGGUUCAGUAGUUCCCAAGAUAAAUGGCGGAAGUGUGGUGUUCGAAAAGCGGCCGGUAGCGAGAUGGAAUUUUUGGUGAAUCUUUUUUAAUUAGAGCAGAAAGAAUGUUGCGAACAAGUAGACAACGAACCCGCAGUUUGUUUUAGAAGAAUUCGUUGGAUCCUGUGAUACUGAAAUAGCAGUGCUGAAAGGUGUUUUCACACAAGGGAUUGCAUCCCAAGGAAUACUUGCGGAGCGAUCUGCGCUAAAUCCAUAGCCUCUCUUUUAUUUCCCUACGUGUGUGUCGCAAGUGAAUGUAUGUGUAGUUUUUGUGCAAGUUGCGAAAAGUAUGUGAAAUAAUGUUAAACGUAAAUUGAAGAAAACAGAAGAAAAUUGCAUAAUAGAGGUGCAGAAAAUAAUGAAAAAAGUAAUACAAGCUGUUGCGUGAAGUGUAAAGCAACGUUUUGUGUGUUAAAAAGUGAAAUAAUUUCAUGUUAAAAAGAAUUUCCCUUUCUGAAGAUCAUGAAAUGUACCAAUCGAAUACAGUCCAGCUGAUGAAAGAAUAGUAAAACCGCAAUCGAGAUAUAGGAACCUGCUCCAUCUUCAAGAAGUAUUCAAAACAUCGAGAAAUGAAUCAGUGUCAGUGUGCUCAUUGAUUACAGAGUAAAAAGUGCUGAGUAGAAUCCACACUAGAGAUGCGCUCCCUGAGUAAGAGUGAACGAGUGAGUAGAAUCCUGCAAGCGACAAUACGGAUUUAACUCAAAUUCAAUUUCAAACACCCUGUGUACGGUUCCAGUAAGGCGCACAUGCCGUUACCAUCAACCAAAGCGUGUUCCUGUCUAAACCAUUCUUCUCUUCAUGCGGUGUACCGAGCGGAGCUUCCGAGAUAAACGGAGAGAAGGAAGUGAGAACAAACUUGUGUAAAUAGAAGGAAAUAAUUGGUAAACAAAUUUGUUAUCCGCGUUCACUACGACGCAUCGCGGCGUUUGUCGUGCAUAUCUACGCAUCCUGUAAGAACAACAGACGGGAAACUCGGGAAACAACAAAAGGCGCGCUGAUAGCUUCCCCGAGCCAGAAAAAGGGUCCCAAUUAGAGGCGACCGCAGUGUUUUGGUUGUGCCAAGUUCUUCCCGGGCGACAAGGUGUCGAAUUCAGCAUAUACAGACACACGCAUUUUCCCAAUUCCAACAGCAACAAUGUUAUGCGAUCGUUGCCGUCGUCGGCUUUUGAUGUGUGGCGUCGGUAUGUGUUUGGAAGGAGCGCGAUGAAGCGCAAGGAUACACGUUGCUAUGCUUCUUCCCAACAUCGUCGGCCCUAGCAGGACGAACGGAGCUUGAGCGAGAGCGAACAUAUUUGUGCGGGAUCUGUUUGUUCAGAAAAGCAUAAAAGUAUGAUAAUGAUGAGCUAAGGCUUUCGGGCGACCCCGGCGAGACAACACGAGACAUACACACUUGUGUGUGUAUGCGUAGCGCCAAAGCAAAGAGCGAAAGAAAUAUCUGUAACCACGAUUGCUCCAGGUGAAACACGACUGUCGGUUUCGGCGUGGUUUUGUGAAAUCGAUGUUUCGUGUUGUUAAGGUGCUGUGUGUGUGAUACAAAAAAAAAGGUGCGAAGUGUGGUGUGAUAUUGAGGGAAUUAGAAAAAUUAAUGUCGAAAGGUUCUGUUGGUGUUGUAGCUUCCGGAUAAAGAGCGGGGUUUUCAGGUGCGUGUGUUGUUAAAAGCAAACUGCUUGCUGUGUGAAACAUCGAUGAUGUGAAAUUAUUCAAAAAAAAAGGGAAGUUUUUGAAGUGAUCGUGAGCGUGUAAUAGGCAGUGUUUUUGUUCUUCCUGCUCUUUGCGUUUGAGGCGACCUAGAAUAGUUUGAUGUGCUUUCGAUGUGCUUUAGAUAUAUAGUGUAAAGUGUUAAAAAUUGAGGGCCUAGUGUUUGCUGCACGGUGGAAUUGAAGAUUCCACCAAGAUUCCAACAUGGGUUAUCUGGUGUUGGUAACGACGCUUCUGGCACUGCUGAUAAGCCCAACCAUUCAAGGCCAGUACCGUGCACCACGGAUCGUCGAGCAUCCCAACAACCAGAUCGUGCCGAAAAAUGAACCCGUGACGUUGAACUGCAAAGCGGACGGGAAACCGGAUCCGGCCAUCCACUGGUACAAGGACGGCGAGCCGGUGAAGUUCACGCCCAACCAUGUCCUGCUCCCGACCGGCUCGCUGUUCUUUCUGCGCACCCUGCACAGCAAGAAGGAGAACGAUGCCGGUGUCUAUCGGUGCGUCGCAUCGAACCUCGCCGGCAUUGCCGAGAGCCGGAACGCUACGCUGCAGAUUGCAUUGCUGCGCGACGACUUUCGGGUGGAGCCGAAGGAUACGCGAGUGGCCGCUGGUGAAACUGCGCUGCUCGAGUGUGGCGCCCCGAAAGGCAGUCCCGAGCCGGGCAUCCGCUGGUUGAAGGACGACGUACGGCUGGUGCUGGACGAGAAUCUGCGCUCGGCGAAGGAGAUCGGCCGCAUCCGGAUCGUGGACGGUGGCAACCUGCUCAUCAGUGACGUUCGGGCGACGGACGGCGGACGGUACCAGUGCGAGGCGUUCAAUGCGGCCGGUAAGCGCGUAAGCUCCAUCGCCCGGCUGAUCGUGCAAGUGAAACCCUACUUCAAGCUGGAACCAAUGGACACAACUGCCCUGGUAGGGCAGCGCGUCCAGUUCCGCUGUGCCGUCGAUGGCGAUCCAACGCCGCAGAUCUUGUGGAGCAAGGAGAACGGCCACAUUCCGGUGGGCAGGGCCGAAAUUCAGGAGGAAGAGGACCGCAGCCUGGUCAUCCGCAGUGUCGUGCCGACCGAUCAGGGCAUGUACAUCUGCGAGGCGCACAAUUCGAUCGGCCAGAUCAGCGCGAAAGCACAGCUCAUCGUCAACUCACCACCGACAUUCCUGAUCAAGCCCCAGGACCAGAAGACGGCCCUGAACGGGGUGGCCUCGUUCAAGUGCACCGCGUCCGGCAAUCCGCAACCGUCCGUCUUCUGGACGAAGGAAGGCUCCCAGACGCUGAUGUUUCCCAACAAUACGUACGACAACAUGCAGGUAUCGGUGCAGGGAACGCUACAGAUCCGUGGCGUCCAGAAGGAUGACGAUGGGUACUACAUCUGUUCAGCGCUGAGUGUGGCCGGUUCGACUGUGAGCAGAGCUUACUUACAGGUUCUAACGUCAGAGGACAGCAGUCCGCCGCCUAUACUGCAGAUCGUACCAGCGAAUCAAACGCUGCCCCGCGGCACCGUUGCCACGCUGCCGUGCCGUGCCAGCGGUAAUCCGACGCCCAUGAUUCGCUGGAUGAAAAAUGCGACCGAUAUCAACCUUUCCGGCGGUAACGGGCGCAUUUCAAUCAUCCAGGGUGGCACGCUAAGAAUUGAUGAUUUGCGAAAUGAGGACAGCGGCUGGUACCGGUGUGUGGCGUUUUCUGAGAAAGGUGAAACCUCAUGGAGUGCACACUUAACGGUUGAAAGCAGCCUUUCGUCAAUGCAGCACCGGUCGCACAAUGCGGAACUGCUGCCAUCGGCACCGGGCAUGCCAAAGGCGGUUAAUAUCACCAACAGCAACAUUACGCUGACCUGGACCCGGGGUCAGGACGAGCUGCAGAUGAACUCCGUAACGGAUGGGUACACGAUCGAGUACUACAGCCCGGAGGAGAAGGCGGGCUGGAUCAAAGCGAUGAGUCGCAUCCCGGGCUAUACUGCUACGAUAACAAACCUUUCCCCUUCCACGUCGUACAUGUUCAUCAUCCGCGCUGAGAAUGGGUACGGCUAUUCGGCCCCUUCGCCAACGUCCGCCAUCAUCCGUACGCUUUCCGCCAACGAUGGCGUGACGAUGCCGGAAGAAAUAGAAACAGCUCGAUUGCUUCUAAGUGGGCAGAUCCUGGAAUUAGUUGACGCGGUCGCAAUCAACUCCACCACCAUCCGGCUGGAAUGGCAGCUCCACAUCAGCAACACGAAUGAUUACGUCGAGGGUUUGUACGUGCGGUACCGGAACCUGUCCGCCGGGGCCGACGCCCAAAGCUACAGCAUGCUCACCAUACCGAUGAAUCCCUCCGAGACGUACGUCAUAACGGGGCUGGAGAAGUUCACCCGGUACGAGUUUUUCCUCACGCCCUACUUCAAAACGGUCGAGGGACAGCCGACCAGCUCGAAGGUGGUACAAACGCUGGAAGAUUUCCCCACGGGCGCCCCCAUGAACGUGCAAACCGGCAUGGUAAACUUAACGACGGGUCUGGUCAAUUGGUUGCCACCGGUCGACUCGCACCUGAACGGUGUCCUGCUCGGGUACAAGGUGCAGCUGCGUGCGGCCAACUCGUCGAAAGUUCUAGCUCAGAUCACGCUCAACGCUACGACGACAUCGAUCGUCUUUCACAGCCUUACGACCGGACAGACGUACACGGUGCGGGUAGUUGCGUUCAACCGGGUCGGGGCUGGACCGUACUCGAAACCCGCCUAUCUCGUGAUGGACCCAGCACACGUGAUAGCACCGCCGAGGGCGCACAAUUCGCUGAGCGAUUUUGAGGACACCCGGAAGCUAAACAUGUGGCACGAACCCUGGUUCACGGUGCCGGUGGUAGUGCUGCUGAUGAUGCUGCUCGUGAGCGGCGUCCUCACGGUCGUGCUGAUUGUGCGCAACCGGGCAAAGGUAAACAAGGAGAUGAUGAGCGCCACCACGACGGUGUCGGGCAGUGCUGGCGGCGGGAUGACGGACCCAAGCCGGCGGCCGAUGGUCGUCUCACGGCGCGACUGUCUGUGGAUCGAUCGCGGCUGGCGAUCGACGGACACGGAUAAGGAUUCGGGACUGAGCGAGGCGAAGCUGCUGGAAAGUUCUCAGAACACGGCGAACUAUGCGGACGUUAGUACGGAUUACGCCGAGGUGGAUCCGAGAAGCAUCACUUCGUUCUACAACAGUCGUAAGUCUCCAGACAAUCCAUCACCCUACGCGACCACUGUACUUGUGAACGGGAACUGCAACGACAAUGGAAAGAUGAGCUACCAGGGCCUGGACGGGUACAUAUCAGGAGCGUCCACCAAUCGUUCCGAUCCGGCAACGUAUCUUGCUGGACAUCCGAAAGCUUUCACGCCCGUGCCAUACAAUCAAGCUCCUCCUGCAAACUGGAUUGAUUUCCUUCCUCCUCCACCGGAGCAUCCGCCACCGAUACCACAAGCUUUAGACCACCAUAUACAUCUAAAUCAUGUGUAUCCCUCGGAACUGAUCGGCGGUGGUGGUGGUGGUGGUAAUGGAGGCAGUAGCUGUCCACCCACCGCGAUCGGUUCCCAGGGAUCGUCCGCUCGUUGUGGAUCGGCCCAAUCCGGUAGUUAUAAUAGUGGCAGUGCUCAACAUUCAUAUCAAUAUGUAGAUCCAUCCCUGCUAGGACGCGGAUCGUCUAGAAGCAGCUCGAACGAGUGCACCAUGCGUAACGUACCACCGCUUCCGCUGCCGAACCAGCAGUCAGCAGUUGGGCAGCAACAGCAGCAGCCGCCACACUUUCUCCCGUACAUGAACGGUGGUACGCCCGGAUCCGCCGAACAGCAGUCACCCUACUUCAACGACGACGUGUACAACAGUCCGGUAAAGAACGGAGACGUCAACUAUCAUCCGUAUCGGAUGCCCAACUCGUCGUCGGCAUCUUCCAUAUCAUGCUGCCAGUCAAACCAUUCCCGGAGCAGCCAUUCGGCCGGCUCAAAAAAUCACGAAUUUCUAGAUCAGCAGCAGCAGCAUCACGCUCACUUGCAACAUCAGCAGCAGCAGCAGCAGCAGCUCCACAGCAAUAUGAUGAUGCAACAGCAUCACCAUAUGAACAAACUUAAUGGUAUGGGCAGCUACGAUGGCCUAACCCCAUCGAAGGUGGUAUCGUUCAACGAGCAGUAUCAAAUGCUGGAUGACAGCGGUCACCAUCACAACGGCGACAGCAGCGGCGUACCCGGCGAAAACUGCACCUACUUCACCAACUACUCGGACGCGUCCGGUGCGAGCAGUAGCAGCGGCAGUGGCGGCUUCCGCAUGCAUCCGAAGUUUGUGAAAACCGUGCACGUAAAUAUUGAAAACGCCAUCAACGGUAACUAUCACCAGCAGCAGCACCACCUUCACCAGCAGCAAAUGCACCGAGAUCAAACGCAGCAGCAACCGAUGCUCAUCACUAAUGGCCAUCAUCACAAUCACCAGCAGCAACAGCAUCCUCCGUACGUGUACAAUCAGCAGCAGCAGCAGCAGCAGCAGGAACCGAUCAGCGAACACGAAGAGACUGAAACAGACAAAAUGCUGACCGGUAGCUACAGCGAAAACGAAGACCACACGGUAAGCAACGGUUGUUCCGGGCCCGACUCGGACACCCAUGACGAGCUGUCGAAGACGACGAAGCUUACCAACGGCGGAAGCCACGAAGAAGAUGACGGCGUGUCGCUCGGUCCGGUCUAUGAGGAACCGACGGCGGUGCAUCAAGCCGCAUAAAUAUAGCGUCGUGAGUGAGAAGCGUUAUCCCGUCACAGCAUGUAAGUAGACACGAGCGCUUUUAUCUGCCGAUUUGUUCUACACGCACACACAAUCGUGCGUAUAAUCUUCCGGAAUUCGCAGUUAAGGAGGUUGGUUUUUUUUAUUAUGAAUUACGCAGAAUUGAUUUCUUCGAAAUGAUACUUAGAUGAGCUGGCUGGGGCUGUCCUCUAGUAAAGCGACAGUGCAAACUAUACGAGUUUAGGAGGAGGUGAAUCGAGGUGAAAGGUGCAUUAGACAAUGCUAUAAAAUGGUCACACAAGUCAAGAGGUACACAACACGACCCAUAGGGUUUGUUUUUUCGCACGCCGGUGAACCAUUUGAGAUACCAAAAGAUACGAAGGAUGGGUUGUCCCUAGGAAGGUAAUAAUUUAUUUAAGUGAAACGUUCGGUACUUUGAGAUGAGAAUUUCCCUUGCUGUACAGUCGAUGUUUCGUUAGCGAUGCCAUUUAGAGAAUAAUUUCCAUGCGUUAGGAGAGUUAGGAACUAUUUUUUCCCCGCUGAACUAUUAUUAUUUUAUUUUAUUUACUAAAGACCUCUGAACAAAGAGAAUUUUGCACUUUUAAACCAUUCAUUUCUUUUGCCCUCAUUGACACAAGCUGCAAUUUAUCUUACUUAGCAUUGAAUUGUGCUGACUGGAAGAAAACGAUCGGUGAGCCUGUAGUAUAACGGAGUGUGGCUAUGAUUAAUUUCAUCUUUUUCCUGUGACGUUUCACCAAGCAAACAUCACAUGUGAUCUCUCUCUGUCUGUGUUGUCAGUGGUCUGGAAAGCGUUGUGCAGAGAGAGCUCACACAAACUUAAUAUGACAACACACUUCCGUUGCGUGUUAGUGGGUAAAAGUGUUUCGGUGUGUGCCGUUCAUCCGUUCCCAGAGUUCGAUGACAAGUGAACGCAGGUCGGUCGCCGGCGUUUCGUCGACUAGUAGCGCUUCUCGUACACGGUUCAUAAUUUAUAUUUAGCUGCAGAGCUCUGCAGUGUGUGGUGUCUUCUCGCAGUUGGUUGCAUCGCUCUUACCCAGAGACCACACUGCCGACCAUCUUACGGUCGUACGGCCGUGUGAAAUGUACUUAACUUUGGCAGAGUGUGUGCGGUGGUGCUUGCUGGUGCAUCCGCCGAAACGGAAUCCCCGGGAUCAUGUCAAAAAUGUUUACUAUCGUUCGCGUACUCGCUCCGGGUGCGCUUCUUGUCGGGUGCGACCCAGACCGAACGACCGGUGGCAGAAAUAUUGUUCAAUAAUGAAGACCGUGUGCAAUGGGGUUCGGCGAUGUCUGGUGCUUCUGCAGUUCAUCAGACUAAAAUCGUCCGAACCCGCGUGCGGCAGACACAUGAUGUGAAUUUUGGAAUGCGAUGCAAAAUUCCAUCGAACAUGAUUCGCCAAUUUGUCUGGUCGUCUGGAUGCAUCUGAAUGAGGGAAUUUUGAAUGAAUGUGCGCGAGUCAGCGUGUUUCGAUAAAACCCUUCACUUGUUACGUCCGGGAUUAGGUGAAUCGUCGGUCUUGGAUGAGUGAAGCGUUGGGUGUAGUUGUCUAGAGUGUUGUUUUUUUUUUUUGUAUGUUGAAUUCCAAACAAUUCUGUUUGCUCGUACUUUUAACCUUUCCUUGAUUAAACUUUGUAUGAGAUGAAUAUUCUCUAUGCUAUGUGGAAAUUUUAAAUCAUCAUUGAAUGGAAAGAUGAAGAACAUACUCAUUUUACGUCACACACACACAUGUGCUUGGGGAAAGGGAAAUCAUAAUUCAUCCCACUUUUAAUCCCUAAUUGUUGUUUUCCCCGUUGUUGCGCUGUAUGUUGUGGGUGUAUCAUUUUUGACAAACGUCGUACAUCCCAUUGUUCCAAACGAGGCCACCCCGACGACGCUCUGUAAGCUUCGUUGGCCCAAGCAACAUCUCUUGGAAGAUGCCCGGUUAUUCAUCAUCCUGCCCUGGGUGAACUCGUACUGACGUCGUUUCCUACAGACGAAAAGCUUACUUUAAUUUCCGCCAGGAUACCACCGACCGAGGAAAAAUGACUGUUUUUCCCCCCGCCGCGGUUCGGUUUGCGCUACCAGCGAGUGCGCCCACUCGUUUGAAGAUGUUUAUUGUUAUUGGCAUCAUAAAAGUGGUCCUAAUGUUCAUCAUAAUUGUCGCCAUUAACGUUCCUCAUGAGGUAGAACAUUUGAGCCAGCAGGAACCGGAAGCAAUGAUUCUAAUGUAAUACUUGUCCGUGGGGCUGCAAACACACCGAGUUGUGUCUGAGAGGGAGAAAAUUUUGUGGAAAAUUAACUUUGAAGAGGUCUUUUGGAAAAGCGCUUUUUUUGUUUUUAUUUUUUUAUUAUUGUAUCGCAAAAUACUUUUUAAUACGUUCCCUGAUUAAAUGAAAUGAAAUGGAAUCAAAUUCGCAGCAAAUCUCCUUUUGUAGAGGAAAAUUAUUUUCAAACUACGCUAACAACAUCAUCAUCCCGAGCCCCCCUAGGUUGAGUAUGCAGAACGGUGUGCUGUAUUAUGCAGAAAGUGCUGCUUCCCCAUUUCGAAUUGUGUCACACGUAACGGAGCAAUAUCAAUUAAUCGUAAUCAAAAUUUCAUUAAUUCGCAAACGAGACGAGUAAGCGCGCAAUCACACCUUAAUUUACCCCGGAAUAACGAACUUGCAUUUGCAGCAAAACGCGUUCAUCAUCAAUAUAUACCAGUGCAACACACCACCACGCGAUGAGGAGGUGAUCGGGUGUGUUGGAUUAAGAGUAGAUAGGGGCAGGCAGGAAGUGGAGCGGUGGGGCAGUAUGCUGUUUAAUCAAUUUUCGAACAUUCGGUUGAUUGAUAAACAUUAAACAAAAUACCCUGGGACGUGAGAAUUUGUUCGAUUGAGAAGGUUUAUUGUCCUGCACGAUCCCAACGAUCCUAUUAACAAUCUACGUUUAUUGAAAAGUUGAGCAAAGAAAUUAUGCUGAGUGUGUGUGAGUGUGUGUGUUGUAUUGUACCUGUGAUAUUAUUUAAUGUGAUAAGCAAAUACUCUCUUUCUCUCUCUCUCUAUCCUUUUGAAUCGGUAACGAAUUUCACGAGAGAAAUUUUCGGUAGGCUAUUAUUUGCAUUAAUAUUGCACACAAUUCUUUUUAUUUUUUGCACUCUUUUAAACUGCUUACAAGUUUCACAGGAAUUAAAAUCUUUCAUUUACUUUUUCUUUUAAUGUGCACUCCAUACAAAAUCCCACAGCUACUGCAAAUAGUAGAAAUUCUCUCCUUCUUUUUGGUGUGUUACCUAUAUACCACCCUCCCUUAUCAAACGAUACCGAUUUUGCUAGCGCGUAAAACAAAGCAACAAAACUGUGUACAGGACUAAAAAGUAAUAAUAAGUAGCGUAAGCCUAUGUAUUGGAACCGAAUAUGAAAACAAAAAUGCAAAAAAAAGAAAACAUACCGCCAUAAACACAAUAAUCAUACACACAAAUAGCAAUAAUGGUCGCUCAUGAGUAGUGAAGCAAUUGGGGAAGGGAAUUCAGAGUGAAAAGGAAGCAGGAUAGGAAAAUGAAAUGAAACAAGAAAAGAUGUAAAAAUGCUCUGGCGAGGGAGAGAUGAGCAACGUUGUCGGUAUUGUGUACUGCAUUUGUUAUACUGAAUGAGAUACACUGCCGCGACAAAAACACAUUGUACCAGCACAAAAAAAGUUUAAAAAGAGUGAAGCAGUUGAUAUUAUUAAACAACACAUAUUAGCAAUCCUUUUCCCUUGUAGCCGGUGUUCUGUGUAAGAUAGGUAGGGAAGGUCUUAAGAAUCUCGCUGACUUGAAUCUUAUAAAGCUCACUAAAUAGCUAGCGCACAUUUAGUGACGACGUACUGUUGUAACGCUUUGAAGCAAUCUGUAGUAAAAAAAAACAACCA